GAUUGUUGUUGUUAAAGGAGGAUACUCCGUAGUAUGUUAGGACUAGUACAAGUAUUUGAGUACCACACGAUCUUAUCGUCAGCAAGAAAUCAGAAUUAGGAAACUAAGCCGUCAUGCAUAUGUAUAUCGAUCAUCAUUCACUCAUUCAUUCGAAAAAUUAAACAGAGAAAAUUAUCACGACGUGUUGAAUUCUCGAUCGAUCAUGGAUUCCGCGGAAGAGAUGUCCGCCGCAGUGGCCUUCAUCAGAAGAGUGAAGCAGAGGUUCCCAAACUACCAACCUUUCGCCGCAGCUUUGAUGGGCUUCAAGGCGGGAAAAACAGACGCCGAAACCGCCCUCUCAAAUGUCUACGCCUUCCUUGACGCCCACCGCGACUUGGCGGCGGAAUUCAACCACUUCCGCUUGCAGUUCAAUCCUCCGGAGAGCCCAAAGGCGGCUGAUUGUUUGGAGUGUCAUCACGCCAGGAUCCGGCCCGCCAAGGAAUCCCCGGACAGAUCUAGAGCCCCGACAUCCGCCGGAAACGACGGAUUUAAGAAUACGAGGAAGCGAAAGGCGGCGGAAGAUUUGGAGGGCCACCACGCCCGGGUCCGGGACGCCAAGGAAUUCGUGGACAGAAUCCGGGAAUUCGCGGGAGAUGACGUGUACGCUUCUUUUCUCCGAGCCGUAGCCGGCUUCAAUGGCCGCCGGGACGUGAAGGAAUUGGACAGAGAGGUGGAUGCUAUGUUCCAAAAGAGCCAGAACCCGGAGCUGUACGUUUCCUUCACCUGGUUCACCGCCGAUUCUUGGCCGGACCCGGACGAGGACACCGCCGGAGCAACCGCUGGCGGCUGGGAGUUGGUUAAGAGGAAGAGGAAGGCGAGGAAGAGUGCGCCAAAGCCGGACACCACUCUGGAUGACUGCGAAGACGAGUUGUUCGAGAGCGACAUGAUCCUCCACGCGCUCGAAGAUACUCAGCGCGUGACGAUAAAAUUAUUGGCGUCGCCAUUGACGACGGACGAGAAAGAAGUGGAAGAAUGUUACAGCGCCGUGAAUCUGCGGUGCAUAGGCAGAACAUUGGGAGAGGCGGCGGCGGGUCGGAUGAUUGAGUCGCUGAGGAUGAACCGGGUCACGGGGUUGGAGGAAUUGACCCGUAUUUUGAAAGAGCGGAUCCAAGAAACCCGGCUCCAACGCCAAGAGAUUAAGCAGCGCUGCGACCACACCAUUACAACGUUUUGCAACAAUAAUCCACGGCAAUGAUGUUAAUUUGACCACUUUAGCUUUCAUUGAUUCAAUUAAUUGAAAUUUUUAUCAUUAUUCAAUUGAUUGAUUCACAUUUUUAGUUAAAUUUAUGCAACGAUUCGAGUUUUUAUCAAUUAGUUACUUUUCAUGUAUUUGGUUUUAUUGAUUUUAUUUUUCAUGGCUGAUUCUAUUUAUGGUCAC